UUCCUUUCUAUACCAAGCAUGGUGAAAAUGUAGGCCAAAAUGCCACUGGUUAAAUACAGCCAAUAAUUAAAACACAUUUAGUUAAGUUUUUCUCUCCGUGUCUCAAUCAUGGGCUAUACUUUGUCAAUAUGUCUAUGGAUUUUGUCAUUAGGUAAUGUUUUACAAAACGGAUCAUCACUGCCCUACAAUAAAGAAGAAUGCUUUGAAGACCUAGGCUGCUUCUCAAACGAAGCCCCUUUUAACAACACGCUUGGUCGACUACCAAGACAAAACGAUGAUACAUUCAGAAUAAUUACAGAUAAAUGUAGGGGAUCACACAUUCUUAAUGUUGGCAAAAAUACGUAUACAUCUGCCUGUAAAUAUGACCCUGAACUUCCCCUUAAAAUUGUGGUACAUGGCUUCCAGCAGAAUUCAAAGAACAAAUGGAUCAGCGAUGUUGUUACGGCUCUUCUAAAGAAGGAAGAGAUGACAAUUAUUACUGUGGAUUGGGGUCAAGGUGCGGAUCUUCCCUAUCUCCAGGCUGUUGCAAAUAGUCGUUUGGUUGCAGCAAAAAUUUCACGUCUAAUUAAGAUAAUGGAAAUUCCUCCCAAAAAGAUACAUAUAAUAGGAUACAGUUUAGGAGCUCAUAUCGCAGGUUAUGUUGGAGAAGAUAUAAGCGGCAUAAGAAGAAUAACAGGUCUUGAUCCGGCUGAACCGAAUUUUAGCAAUACAGAUUCUGUGGUUCACCUGGAAAAGACAGACGCCGAAUUUGUUGACAUUAUUCACACAGAUAUUCUCACACAUGGGUCUGGUGUGGGCUGGAUUGAAGACAGCGGUCACAUUGACUUCUAUCCAAAUGGGGGGAAGAAUCAGCCUGGUUGCUCAGGAACAUUUGAUAUGACCUGUAGUCACCAUCGAUCUACACAAUUAUUCAUUGAGUCCAUAAACACCGACUAUCCUUUCUAUGGAUACCCGUGUGAGAGCAUCGAUGACCUUGAAUCAAACCGGGGCAAUUGUCUCACAUGUUCACGAGGAGUAUGCCCAGAAAUGGGUUAUAAUGCGGACAAGAGCAAUUCACGUGGAAAAUAUUACCUUCUUACCAGAGAGGAGGCACCAUUUAGUGGUUAUACCAGACAUGUGGAAGUGGAGUUUGGUCAGAUGGAAGAUGUAAAGGGACAAAUUAUUGUUGAAAUGAUUGACAAAAAUAGGGCCUCAACCAGUAUUGUAAUUGGAAGCGAUAAGAAUUCGUUUCGGUCAGGGAAUCGGCGUGGCAAUGUAGCUGUGAUACGCCAGAUAGAAGGUGAAAUCAUAAAGAUACGAAUAAAAUAUAAACAAUACUGGAACUUAUACAGUUUUUUCGGAAACAGUGACAAGCAUGUAGUUAUUAAUAAAGUGAAAGUGACCUCUGCAGAAAAUGGCCGGAGUAUUUAUUUUUGUGGAGGAAAUAUCACCUUGGGGGAUGGAAAUUCAUCAAGAAUUGAAAGAAGUUCAACAGAUCCAAACGAGUGUAAUGUUACGCCGACAGAGGAAAGAUAUAUACCAACGGCAGUUCAGGUUGCGAAACUGAUGGCGUCAUCCUUAUUAUCUACGAACAUAACAGAUCGCUUUUUUCCAAAGGAGGCAACGACGACAAAACGUAGUAGCCUUAAGACUUGAAGAAGAUAUGUCACAGAUAUGACUAUUUAUUCAACCACAGAAACACAAUCCAA